AAAGUAAUUUUUAAAUUUCAGAUUAUGGACAGCAGUUUUGAUAGUGCUGUUUUUGACCUGGACGAGGAUGUUGCAUCUUUCCUUUAUGAUGGACGCUACUCAGACAUCGAAGAAACGAUACUUGAACUGCGAAAUGACAUUACGGAUAGGACGAACUCGAUUUUGACGCGCCAGCCGACAUUACUUGAAGACACCGAAGCGCUGCUUUCGGAAUUGACCAAUACAAAUCGGGAAGUAGAAUCGAUAUCGAACAAAGUGCUUGGAAGUUUACUACCUGCGUUUGAACUUAAUUCAGAAGCAGUUGAAAAGAAAUUUGAUAGACAAAGGGCACUCGGAAUAAUCACGCGCUGUUUAACAUGCUACUUGAGAACGUCUGAAUUGUCUCACAAGUGUAAAAAAUUGCUCAAACAUGAAAAACUGGAAGCGGCUUCUGAAUUUUUUGUUAAGUUAAAUCAAGAAUUCAAAAAUUUUGAAUAUUUACAAUUUACAGAUUCAAGACUGUGUACAGAAAUUGCCGAAAUCAGAGAAGAAAUUAAAUGUCUAUUUGACGAUUUAUUAUUGCGCAAUUUUAGGAAGUUUUCCAGUUUUGAUGAAAGUACCUUGACGAUUGAAAAGGCGAGCGCAAGUUCAGAAUGCGUUAUGCGAAUCGCCGAAAAGACCGAUUCUUUCCGAAAUCUUUUCAAAGUGCUUAAAACAGAACUUUUUGAAAAGUUUUUCUCGAGUCUAUAUGAAUCGUAUCAAAUUGAGCGUGCACAUGGCAAAACUGCAUUGAAGUUCGAAUUCAAAUGUAAGUCAGAUACUAAUUCAGUAAAAGAGUCUUUACAAGAUGUCACUGGGUUCUUAGAAACCCUAAAAGAGUCAUUUUUGGGUUUCACGACAUCAGAAAUGAGUUUUCUGAGACUUUUUUAUGCAAAUGAGAGUUAUGGUCAUCAGCUCACGAAAAGCAUUGAAGAACGAAUUCUGAAAGCCAAAGUUCCUAAAACGGUCAAUGAUUUGUACUGUUACGAUUACUCGGUCUUAGAGUCUUGCGAAUCGACUCUAUGUGCAUUAGGUGUAGCGAGUGAAAAUUGUUUCGCCGAGUUUCGAAAAAGUCUCGAAACGCAUUUUGUGACUAGUUUUGUAUCUGAUGCUCUAGCAGCGUGCAGAAGUCUUACACUUAGUGAUUUGUCAGACACGGUGGUAAUUGAAUGCAGCAGAGUUGAUCAUGAGUCAUCCAAAACUUCACCGAAAAGUGUGAUUCCGGCACUAAGUGACGAAAACCGGCACUUUAUGCACCGAAGUUUGAAUCAGCUUCCAAAAAUGUCAAUCAGUCUCUCAGUGCGCAAGUUAUCACAGCAUAUUCACCACUGCAUCGAGCAAGCAUCGCUUCUUAAAAGUGAAACGAACGCGACCUUUCUCCUCCAGUGUAGUUUAGAUCUCAUGACCAUGUACUGCAAUUUGACCACCGCAUACCACGAGUCCAGCUCUGCAAUCCAAGUGCCAUACAUAAAUGCAGUGCAGUACAAUAACCUCAUGUUCAUGGCACAAAAGUGUGUCUUCUAUGGACUGGUGCCCCUGCAAUACAAACAAGGAGUAGUUUGUGCUAGUUUGGGAGUGACUGUAGCUACAUUCCUGCAGUUUGUUCCAGUUUUGAGACACAAAGCGGAGUCUUUAUUUAAAGUAAGAAAGUUAUGACUUUAAUUACGUUUUCUCAUGCUGCUGCUAUUCUAAUUGAUAGAGGACAAAAUUAAUUAUGCCACAAUUGUGUGCGAGUGAUAUUCACACCUGCGUGAGCGAGUGUAUUGUAAUCAGGCACUAGACUUUCUUUCCUGUAAACAACUUAUCUCAAACAUCUGUCAGAAAUU